CACAACAUUUGUAUUGGGAAGAGGGGGGAAAGCUGACGUAUUUUGGUAAUGAAUCACUCCAGUUCAUUAGCGGUCAAAUAUUCAUGAGCCCUUCACAAGAACAGAUCGCCUCACUCAUUGCUAAAGCAUAGGCCUCCUAGGAGGCUUCACUUCUUUUCUGUGCGCUGUUCUCAUAUCAUUUUACAGAAUCGGAGAAAAAACUUUUUUGUUUGGCUGCUUCCGUCUUUGUGUUUCUCUCCAGCGAGAAAGUUAGAAAGCACAGGACAGGACAGGAUCGUGGAAUUCAUUUUCUAUGUCCUUUUUGAAAGUGUUGACUUAAAAGCGAAAGUCAUUUGUUUGUUUGGAAUCCUCAAAUGUCUUGUGCCAGAUGGAAAUGACCUCAGAGGCUCUAAAAAAAUCCGAAUUACAUACUGGACAAGUGAGAGUGGAUGACUUCGGGGAGCCAUGUCUCAUAGACAGUGAAAUUCCCGGAACUUCUGUCAUUGGAAGGAUGUUUGGAAACAUGAACAGUGUCAUACGGGACUUACUGAGACCACUAAAUGCUGAUUUCACAAGUAUUGGUGUGGACGACUUCGGAGAACCUGUCUUUAUUCAGACUCAAAGACAGCUCCAGUUUCAGAAAAUCCUAGAACGAACAAGUGAAUGGAAGAUAAAGGGAUACAACUCAUAAACCUUUACUGUUUUUCCUUUUUUAUUUGUUAUCUCCCCUUAUUUUGCAUUUAAAUAUUUUUUCCUAACAGACCAUGACAUGUUUGACGUUGAACUUUUUAUUAUGACGUGCCUUUGGAACAACGUGAAUCAACAAGAUGAGUGAAACGGGAUACAAAAUAUAUACAAAAAAAUCAAGAUACAAAUAAUGUAUAAAAUAUAUACAAAGGAUACAAAUAUACAAAACUAUUUUUUGAUCAGAUUGAGAAUUACUUUUUUUUUUUUUCAUUUUAUUAAAUUUAAUUGUGUAAUUAAUUUUACUGCAAUGAACGCCUGAUAACUAUUCCCAUUUUUUGUGCAAACAAAUAUAUAAUUAAAUAUAUUCUUUUUUAUGUAA